GUGAAUGGGACAUCACUGUUGGAGUUCCUUCUGUUGGGAUCAGGAAAUGUCCCCUCACUCCAGGCACCACUUUUCCUCCUCUCGCUCAUCAUCUACUUGGUGACCAUGAUUGUGAACAUCCUCAUAGUUGUGCUGCUGGUUGCAGAGCAGCAUCUGCACACUCCUAUAUACUUCUUCCUGGAAAAUCUGUCCUCCCUGGAGACCUGCUACAGCUCCACCAUCCUCCCGCGGCUGCUGGCCAGCUUCCUGACUGGGAAUAGAACCAUCUCCGCUCACGGCUGUAUGGCUCAGUUUUAUGCCUUUGGCUCUUUUGUAACUACGGAGUGUUACCUGCUGACAGCCAUGUCCUACGAUCAGUAUCUGGCCAUAUGCCAGCCCCUGCUGUAUGCAAACCUCAUGACCUGGAAGGUCUGUCUCCAGAUGGCGGCUGCAUCCUGGCUAGCAGGACUGGGGGUUUCAUUAGUAGUCACAGUCUUCUUAUCACAGUUGCAGUUCUGUGGGCAUAAGGAAAUUAUCCCAUUGCUGGAGCUCACCUGCAGUAACACCAGACUAAUCGCAGCUCUAGCUUUUGCACUGUGUUUCCUGAGCAUUGUCUUCCCCUUUGUAUUCACGCUGGUCUCCUAUGUGUGCAUCAUAGCUGCCAUCUUAAGGGUGCCAUCCAGCAUGGGCAGGCAGAAGGCCUUCUCCACCUGCUCCUCUCAUCUCAUCAUUGUCACUGUUUUCUAUGGCACCCUCUUCAUUGCCUAUAUGAUGCCCAGAACAGCCCCCCUGAGGCAGCUCAACAAAAUGCUCUCCUUCUUCUACACCGUGCUCAUGCCCCUGGUCAACCCACUCAUCUACACUCUGAGGAACAGGGAGAUCAGGGAGGCCCUGAGGACAGGGCUCAGGGAGGCCCUGGCCUUCACCCAGAGCUCAUG